CAUCCAUACUACUGAUGAUUUUAGUUUCCUUUAUUUGAAUGUCUUUCCUGUUAUCUAAGCAUUCUGACUUUGAUGACAAAACGAAGGGAUAUUAUUAUUCUCCAAAGUUGCAAUCGAAUAAUUACUUUUCCAGAAAAUGGCACUUACAUCAAGUAUGGAAUGUGGCGACAUUUUAGAAUUUCAGAAUACAUUAAAACAAAUGAGGCAAAUAGAUGACAAGAUUAUUUACGUUCUUAACACUACUAUUCCAACAGAGUCAUUUAAGACUCAAGUUAACGCAAGCCAUUCAUGUAAGGAUUUAUUUCAACAAAUACAGUCAGUCCACUCACAGCGAGAUAUUGCCAUUAAAAAGUGUUUAUAUACAAUUAAAGGCAGAAUUGAAGAGUUAAAAAAACAAAGAGACGAUGGAAAUAUAGAUUCUACAAUUUUAAAAAGUCUCAGAAAGGCACAAGUGGAAUCUGGAAUUUUACAAUCAGAGUUAAGUAUCGAGGAAGUUAUUAAAAAACAAACAUCUAAAGUUUAUUAUGAAAAGUGUCGAAGAUUUUAUAAACCUGAAAAACUUCUGAACUGAAUGACUUUUAUAAAAUCAAUGUGUAAUUAUAAUAUUGAA